GAUCUUGGUACGAUUUAAAAUAGAUCUUUUAUUUUGAUGCCCUAGUCGUUCUCUUAUUUUAUCACACGAGUUUUAUGCUUUAUACUUUUCAAAAAUUGCAAAAUUCCAUUUUCAUAACUACUUAAUAUACAGAUCUUUCACGAUUACUGGCAGCUAUUCGUCUAAUGCAAGCUCAGGGCACAAUUUCCUUGACUCAGCAGCUUUCUGCGCUACUCUCCGAGGCUUCAUUGUUUCUACACUCAGUUAAAGUUACACCUUCUUCAGUCUCCGCUUCGUCAAAGAAUAAAACUACCGAUUCUACGUCAAUCCUUACUCGUUCAAAAUUGCAGGUGAGCGAUCUCCCUGAAUGCCUACGACAUAAGGAUGUCCAACCGAUAACGACGGCAGUGCUAGCAGAUGCUAUUACAAUCUUGAAAACGGAUUCUUCUUUUCAAUCAAUUGAUAUACAAACUUUAUUGUCACAAUUUUCAGGAAGAUUGACAGGUUUAUCACCACUGUCUGCUUCUAGGUUAUUAAGAGCUGGGGGAGUUUUUGGAAUAUCAUCUUCCCGGUCAUUUUUUAGAAGAGAUUCUGCUAUUCAAUAUUUGGGAAGUAGUCAUAGGUAUUUUGGGACGAAUUCUGCUGUUAGAUAUAUAAAUCAACGACGUUUGCAGCUAUUAGAAGCUGAAGCAAAUGCGUCACCUAAUGAUGCAUCAAAACAGGCAGAAUUUUAUAAAGAAUUAUUGAAAUCAAAUAACCACAAUAUAGUAAUUGCUCGGUUUGAGCGUGGGAAAUUCGCUCACGAUGAUGAAUGUUUUCAGGCUUAUGUUACUGCAUUAGUUAGAGCAGGCCAAACUGAUAAAAUUUUACCGAAAAUUAUGCAAAAACUGGAGCAGGCUGGAACCGAAGGAGGUAACCCGAUUUUAACAACAGACUUAGUGCAAGGCAUUAUGAAAAGUCAGGGGAAAAAAGCUACAGUGGAAAAUAGUCCAGCAGCUAUAGCAGCAAACGCGGGUAAUAAAGAAAACCCGAUUUAUGUCGUAAUUGAAGAAGCGCGUGGAUAUAUGUUUUGGCGCGCUUUGCGUUGGGUGGGAAUUACAUUUACAUAUGCUUUCUGCAUCCUUACCUUCCUAAGUAUUGCUAUGGAAAAUUCUGGUCUUUUAAAGACCGGUGGAUCACAAUCAGAAUAUGAGCCAUCGUCUCAACAGGUGGUUAAAUUUUCUGAUGUUCAUGGUGUUGAUGAAGCAAAAGAGGAAUUGGAAGAAUUAGUUGAAUUCUUGAGGGAUCCAUCGAAAUUUACUGGUUUAGGUGGUAGAUUACCUAAAGGUGUAUUAUUAACUGGUCCUCCAGGUACUGGAAAAACUUUGUUGGCACGUGCAGUUGCCGGUGAAGCAGGUGUACCAUUCUUUUUUAUGUCAGGUUCAGAAUUUGAUGAAAUGUACGUUGGAGUUGGUGCAAGAAGAGUUCGUGAACUUUUUGCUGCUGCAAGACGUAAGGCGCCUAGUAUAGUAUUUAUUGAUGAAUUAGAUGCGAUUGGUUCAAAACGUAACCCAAAAGACCAAACAUAUAUGAAACAGACACUCAAUCAAUUGUUAGUCGAUUUGGAUGGGUUUUCGCAAACUGAGGGAGUCAUUUUUAUUGCAGCAACAAAUUUUCCGGAACUUUUAGAUAAAGCAUUAGUUCGUCCCGGUCGAUUUGAUAGACAUGUUGCAGUACCUCUGCCAGAUGUUCGGGGUAGAGUGCAAAUUUUGUCUCAUCAUUUAAAAAACGUUCAAUUAGCACGUGAUGUGAACAUUAGUAUAAUUGCACGUGGUACACCAGGAUUCUCGGGUGCUGAUUUGGCUAACCUAGUCAAUCAAGCGGCAAUACAGGCUUCGAGAGAUGGUGCACGUGAAGUAGCGAUGAGACAUAUGGAACACGCUAAAGAUAAAAUAAUUAUGGGAGCUGAACGUAGAUCUGCCGUAAUUACAGACGAUAGCAAACGUUUAACUGCAUACCACGAAGGUGGACAUGCACUUGUAGCACUAUAUACACCAGGAGCCUUACCAUUACAUAAGGCUACAAUUAUGCCACGAGGUAAUAGCUUGGGUAUGACUGUUCAGUUACCCGAGAUGGAUAAAGAUAACUAUACUAAGAAAGAAUAUCUUGCUAUGAUCGAUGUUGCUAUGGGUGGUAGAGUUGCAGAAGAGAUGAUAUUUGGUAAAGAAAAUGUGACUACUGGUGCACAUAAUGAUAUAAUGACGGCAACGAAUGUUGCUAAACGUAUGGUCACAUUGUUUGGAAUGAGUGAUAAAGUUGGACCAGUGGCUCAUCCAGAAGAAGAGUUAGAUCAAUUAAGUACACAAACUAAAUUAGUUAUUGAAACUGAAAUUAGAACAAUAACGGAGAAUGCUCAAAUACGUGCAAGUAAUAUAUUAAAAAAUCAUAAAGAAGAAUUACAUAGAUUAGCAAAAGCACUGAUGGAUUAUGAAACUCUCACACAAGAAGAAAUCGAAUCAGUUAUUAAAGGAAAAAAUAUUCAACGGUGAAAAGACAUCAUUAUUAUAUUCUUUUCUUGAACAAUUUUUUUUUUCUUUUUUUUUUUUUAAAAAAAAAAAAAAGAAAA